CGGCCAGGUGCCCGCAGUGUCUCUUGCAGCUUUGCUGGCUCCUCAUAGAGCACUGCACACAUAGGAGCUCCCGACGGUGCGGUGUAGCGCAGCAGCGAAGGGGCCCAGGGUUCCUACAGCGCAGCCCCUCUGUCGCGGGUCCCCUCCCUCGGGGCUGAUCAUUAACUCAAAAGCAGUAUAAGGAGUAACUGGCCCCGGUGGUGAGCCGGAGGGACUCGUCGCCACCGCCAUGGACAGUACCACCUUGAGCCCCGCGGUUACUGCCACCGAUGCACCCAUCCCGACCUAUGAGCGCAUUCGAAAUGCGGCUGACAUCUCAGUCAUCGUCAUCUACUUCUUGGUGGUGAUGGCUGUCGGUCUGUGGGCCAUGUUUUCCACUAAUCGUGGGACUGUUGGAGGCUUCUUCCUGGCAGGCCGAAGCAUGGUGUGGUGGCCGAUUGGAGCCUCUCUCUUUGCCAGUAACAUUGGAAGUGGCCACUUUGUGGGACUGGCGGGCACAGGAGCAGCUGCAGGCAUUGCCAUGGGUGGCUUCGAAUGGAAUGCCUUGAUUUUGGUGACUGUGCUGGGCUGGAUAUUUGUCCCUAUUUAUAUCAAGGCUGGGGUUGUGACAAUGCCGGAAUAUCUGCGGAAGCGGUUUGGAGGCAAGCGGAUCCAGAUCUAUCUUUCUGUUCUGUCCCUGAUCCUCUACAUCUUCACCAAGAUCUCUGCAGACAUCUUCUCUGGGGCUAUAUUCAUCAAUCUAGCCUUGGGCCUGGAUAUAUACUUGGCCAUUUUCAUCCUGCUAGCAAUCACCGCCCUUUAUACAAUCACAGGGGGGCUGGCCGCUGUAAUUUACACAGACACCUUGCAGACAGCAAUCAUGCUGGUGGGGUCUUUUAUCCUGACUGGGUUUGCUUUCAAUGAAGUAGGAGGGUAUGAUGCCUUCAUGGAGAAGUACAUGAAAGCCAUUCCAACUAAGGUCUCUGAUGGAAAUAUAACCGCCAAGGAAGAAUGCUACACACCCAGAGCCGACUCAUUCCACAUAUUCCGAGACCCCAUUAAGGGAGACAUGCCAUGGCCUGGGUUUGUCUUUGGCCUGGCCAUCAUCUCCCUGUGGUACUGGUGUACAGAUCAGGUCAUUGUGCAGCGAUGCCUGUCAGCCAAGAAUAUGUCUCAUGUGAAGGCUGGCUGUACCCUGUGUGGUUAUCUGAAGCUACUGCCUAUGUUCCUCAUGGUGAUGCCAGGGAUGAUCAGCCGGAUUUUGUACACAGAAAAAAUCGCCUGUGUCCUCCCCUCAGAAUGUAAGAAACACUGCGGCACGCCAGUGGGCUGUACCAACAUUGCCUAUCCAACGUUGGUGGUGGAACUCAUGCCUAAUGGACUGCGAGGCCUGAUGCUGUCCGUCAUGAUGGCUUCCCUCAUGAGCUCCUUGACCUCCAUUUUCAACAGCGCCAGUACUCUCUUCACCAUGGACAUCUACACCAAGAUCCGGAAGAAAGCAUCUGAGAAGGAGCUCAUGAUUGCAGGAAGGUUGUUCAUCCUCGUGCUGAUUGGCAUCAGCAUUGCCUGGGUACCCAUUGUGCAGUCUGCUCAAAGUGGGCAGCUCUUUGAUUACAUCCAGUCCAUCACCAGUUACCUGGGGCCACCCAUCGCAGCCGUCUUCCUGCUUGCCAUUUUCUGCAAGAGAGUCAAUGAACAAGGAGCCUUCUGGGGACUGAUUAUAGGCUUCUUGAUUGGAAUCGCCCGUAUGAUUACUGAGUUUGCCUAUGGAACUGGGAGCUGCAUGGAGCCCAGCAACUGUCCCACGAUCAUCUGCGGGGUCCACUAUCUGUACUUUGCCAUCAUCCUCUUCGUCAUCACCACCAUCAUCAUCAUGGUUGUCUCCCUACUCACGAAGCCCAUUCCAGACGUGCACCUGUACCGUCUGUGUUGGAGUCUACGCGACAGCAAAGAAGAGCGUAUCGACCUGGAUGCAGGAGAGGAGGAGGACAUCCAGGAGGACCCUAAAGAUACAAUUGAAAUAGACACAGAAGCCCCCCAGAAGGAGAAAGGAUGCUUCAGGAGGGCAUAUGACCUGUUUUGUGGGCUGGACCAGGAUAAAGGACCAAAGAUGACUAAGGAAGAGGAGAAAGCCUUGAAGAUGAAGAUGACAGACACUUCUGAGAAGCCUCUGUGGAGGACAGUGGUGAACAUCAACGGCAUCAUUCUGCUGGCUGUGGCAGUCUUCUGCCACGCCUAUUUUGCCUGAACCCUGCCUUCUGGUGUAGACUUGGCAACUCUGGAAUUGCUAUUUCCCUUUAGACCCACUCUGUAGUGGCAAGGGGAAACUGGCCAGUUGUAGAUGUCACACAUUUGGAUAAAAGAUGUAUAAGUGUGAUUAUAGGCUUGCUGGAGGGAGAUGAUUAUGUCGCUGUGAAUUUAAAGCCAGUGUGCCACACCCAUCUGUCAUGCCAGAGCUUUAGAAGUGAAGUUGACUCAGACAGAAAAAGCCAUACUAAGACACAGAAGCCUUGUGUUGUCUGAUGUCACUCUGUCUCAGGGACACCCAGCUUGUAAUUAUUGUUUAUAAUCCUUAAAUGCUGUUUUUUAAAAAUUGUAGUCUGGUUCCUGUCAUUUUUCUACCUGACCCCUCACCUCUUCCUCCUCCUCCCAUUUUUUUUCUAAAAGAAAUUCCCUGCCAUUGCAACCCUUCCUCUAGAUUUUUUUUUUUUUUAGUUAAAAAAAAAUCAAUUUCACAAAUGUAAGAAUGCCCAGAAGCUGAGGAUGGGAACUUUGUCCCGUGAAUUUGUUCUUUAAAGUGGCAGUCUCAAGGAGACAGUAUUUACUUGAACAGGGUGGGAGACUCACACCAAUUAGGGGUACAGCCAAGCUUGAGUACUGAGAACUUUCUGGUCUUUAAAAACUGCCCAUUGUGUAUCUCCUGGCUUGUUACUCAUUGCAGUGGUCACGACACCUGAAGUGUCUUAGUCAUUUAGGAAUGUCUGUUGACUCCAUAAAUCUUAUGGCAUUUAUUGAUGGGUGCUGCCUGGCCCUUGUUUAGCUUUUAUUUUAUUUUAUUAUUUUAUUUUGGUUGCACAAAGCAUACCAAUGGAGUCUAUUAUGGAGUGGAAUGCAUUUUCUAGUGUCUCUCUGCCUCAUGGUGCUGAUGUUGACCUGCAAUAAUCUUAGAAAUUGACAUUACUUGAUAGGACAAAGUAAGUGCACCUGCAAGGACAUCUGCCACCCCAAUGCAGCACACUCUCCCAGGAAUCACGGAAAUAAUUAGCCUGAGGUCCUCUUUCCCAUGUGUUUGGCCACAAUAAUUGCCUUGUAAUCUGUCUUUAUUGGUGAUCAUCCACUGACCAGACUAAGGCAGCCAGCCUCAGUUCUAGAUGGGAGGUGCUUGAUGGUUUUAGUUGGAAGAAGACUGUUUAUGUUGAGCUAGGUUCCCAUGGGAAAAUAAUUUUCAUUUAACUUUUAAUUAAUUAAUUAAUUAAUUAAAAUUUCAAAAUCUUAAUUAUAUUGUAAUAUUAUCCUAUUGAAGCUAGGACACCAGCAUGUUAUUGUAGAAUGGUUUAAAGUUAGCUUAGAGGAGAGCUGAGUAAGGUGUUGGGCAUGGAAGUGGCUUAGAGUGUCAAUGGAUGGCUUGUUGUUACAGAAGAAAGAAAACCUGGAGAAAGUUGUUUAAGGUAUUUUUUUGUUCCUCUUAAGCUGUACUGAGAAGAGGAGAAAUUGGGGAACCACCCCUUUCUAGCACACUCAGGGUAUGUGUUCAGGGGGCUCAGGCUGGGUGGGCUUUGUGGUAAGUUGUGAGUCUUGAGAGGAGAAAGGGAGGGGCUGAAGCUCGGGGAUGCAAAGGGCAAUGAAAACUACCUAGUUGUUUUGGUUUCAUUGCAUGGCCAAUGAUUUACUGUAUAUAUUGUAAUAAAUUAUUUUGUCUGA